UUUUCCCAAAAUUUCAGUUCCGAAUUUGGGGAUUUUCUUCGAAACCAUCCCUGACGCCGCACCUCGCUCUGCACCCAGACCAGUCGACAGAAGCGAGCUUGAAGUUAGGCUUUUGGUUUCCGGAGAAAGGUUUUGGCAGUGAAUUGAGAAACAUGGAAGAAGAAGAUGAUCAUGUUGAAUAUGUACCUGUGGCGAAGAGGAGAGCAAUGGAAGCUCAGAAGAUUCUUCAGCGCAAGGGAAAGUCUUCCGCCCUCGAAGAAGAGUUGGAGAAAUCCAAACAAGCUGAAGCCAAACCAAGUCUUCUCGUCAAGGCAUCCCAGUUGAAGCGAGAGGCUCCUGAGAUUAGUCCAACUGAACUGAUUGUGCAGCAGGAGAAAGAGAUGAUUGAACACUUAUCGGAUCGGAAAACUCUAAUGUCGGUUCGCGAGUUGGCCAAGGGGAUAACUUACACAGAUCCUCUGCCCACGGGUUGGAAACCACCGUUGCCGAUCAGAAGGAUGUCCAAAAAGCAGUGCGAUUUGAUUCGAAAGCAGUGGCACAUCAUAGUGGACGGUGAAGAUAUUCCCCCGCCAAUUAAGAAUUUCAAGGAUAUGAGAUUUCCUGAACCGGUUUUGAAGAAGUUGAAAGCCAAGGGGAUUGUUCAACCGACCCCCAUUCAGGUGCAAGGUCUUCCAGUGAUUUUAUCUGGGAGGGAUAUGAUUGGGAUUGCCUUUACUGGGUCGGGGAAGACGUUGGUUUUUGUGCUUCCCUUGAUCAUGGUGGCACUGCAAGAAGAGAUUAUGAUGCCAAUUGCUGCAGGAGAAGGGCCAUUUGGACUUAUCAUUUGCCCUUCAAGAGAGCUGGCCAGGCAGACUUUUGAAGUAGUGGAACAGUUUCUAAUUCCCCUAAAAGAGGCUGGAUAUCCAGAACUGAGGCCAUUGCUCUGCAUUGGCGGAGUAGAUAUGCGGACGCAGUUGGAUAUUGUGAAGAAGGGUGUUCAUAUUGUCGUUGCUACUCCUGGGAGGUUGAAAGAUAUGUUGGCAAAGAAAAAAAUGAGUCUUGAUAAUUGUAGGUUUCUAACUCUAGAUGAGGCCGACAGACUGGUAGAUUUGGGGUUCGAAGAUGACAUAAGAGAAGUGUUUGACCACUUCAAAGCUCAACGGCAAACUCUCUUGUUUUCUGCCACCAUGCCCACGAAAAUUCAGAAUUUCGCUAGAAGUGCUUUGGUAAAGCCUGUCACGGUUAAUGUGGGGAGAGCAGGAGCUGCUAACCUUGAUGUUAUUCAGGAGGUUGAGUAUGUCAAGCAGGAAGCAAAAAUUGUCUACCUUCUUGCAUGUCUGCAGAAAACUCCACCUCCUGUUUUAAUAUUCUGUGAAAACAAAGCCGACGUGGAUGACAUCCAUGAAUAUCUUCUCUUAAAAGGGGUCGAAGCAGUGGCCAUCCAUGGAGGAAAGGAUCAGGAAGAUAGAGAGUACGCCAUUGCAUCCUUCAAGGCAGGCAAAAAAGAUGUUCUUGUUGCCACUGAUGUUGCCUCAAAAGGGCUGGAUUUUCCUGAUAUCCAACAUGUCAUUAACUACGACAUGCCGGCAGAAAUUGAGAACUAUGUUCACAGAAUUGGACGAACAGGAAGAGGGGGCAAGACUGGAAUAGCCACAACGUUUAUAAACAAGAAUCAGAGUGAGACAACACUUCUUGACUUGAAGCAUCUCUUGCAAGAGGCAAAACAGAGAAUACCACCUGUGUUGGCCGAUCUUAAUGAUCCAAUGGAAGAUGUGGAUGCAAUUACCAAUGCUAGCGGGGUCAAGGGUUGUGCCUAUUGUGGUGGGCUUGGUCACCGUAUCAUCGAUUGCCCCAAAUUAGCGCAGCAGAAAAACUCCGCGAUUGCUAGCUCUAGAAGAGACUAUUUUGGUUCUGGGGGUUACAGGGGAGAAAUAUAAUAUAUUGUCUGUAUAUGUGAUAUUGACGUCACCCUUUUUUGUAAUUUAAUAAACACAGCUUGUGCCAGUGGCCUAUCCAAAUAGGCAGGAAUAUGAAGAUGUAACAUCAUGAUAUUAAAAAAAAACAGUGAGCAACGGAAGCAUAUUAUGCAUUGCGGGGUAUAAUUUCAUUUUCAAUUUCUUA